UUUUACAGUACCCACUUUUUUAAAGUCGAAUCCUGGGACGUUCAGACAAAAAGCUAAAUGAUUUAUUAACGAGGAGUAAACAGUGGCUCGUUAGUGACUUAGUUGGUUGUUACUUUGCUGACUUCCAGGCUACUUUUAACGCACGGUGGAGGAGAAGAGGGGUAAAAGUAAAGAGGACGACUUUUGAACAACUUUUGACGUCUCCGUCCGGUUGCGGUUUUUUCUCACUUGUCCCCGCCAGCACCUGCGAGUAUGACGCGGAGGUCGUGCGCCAUCUACACGGUGGGGGUCAUCUGCGCCACCUUGCUCAUCGUAGGCAUCGGUCUGAUUCUGUCUCAGGUUUUCCGCACACUGAUGCACAACCGCCUCAAAAAGGAAAUUGUUUUGGUGGAGGGCAGCCGUGUGUUUGAGUCAUGGAAGAAGCCACCUCCUCCUGUCUACAUGGAGUACUUCUUCUUCAACAUGACCAAUGUGGAUGCAUUUCUUGCCGGGGCCAAGCCUGUGGUCAAACAAGUUGGACCUUACACUUACAGGGAGUACAGGUACAAGGACAAUGUUACCAUGGUGGACGAUGGCAAAAUGGUGUCGGCGUACAACACAAAAAGCUUUGUGUUCCUGAGAGAGAAAUCUGUGGGGGACCCAGCGUUAGAUAACAUCACCACCGUCAACAUACCUGCUUGGGCGGUGAUGAACAAGGUGAAAGGGAGCUUCUUUAAGGCGUCUAUGGUGAACGUCUGGAUGAACACCCUCAAGAGCGGUUUUUUCACCACACGCACAGUGGAUGAACUGUUGUGGGGCUACGAGGACCCCCUGUUGGUCCGUGCUGCUGCGGCCAACCCUGAAGUUGAGACCACCUUUGGCCUGAUGUACAAGAAAAAUGGAAGCUAUGACGGGGAAUUUAUCUUUCACACGGGGGAGCAGAACCAUUUGGAUUAUGGCAGAGUGGAAACAUGGAAAGGUCAAAGACAACUGAACUUUUGGAACACCAACCAAAGCAACAGCAUCAAUGGAUCCGAUGGAGGUGCUUUCCAUCCCCUGCUGAAAAAAGAUGAACGCAUUCACAUCUUCACCCCAGAUCUUUGCAGGUCUAUCUACAUGGACUAUGAGAAGGACGUGGAGGUAAGAGGAAUCCCGGCAUACCGCUUUACGCCGCCACGCUCUGUCCUGGCGAGCAAGGAGGAGAACCCAGCCAAUGAGGGUUUCUGCGUGACCCCACAGGAGUGCCUGGGAACGGGCCUCCUGAAAGUCAGUCCGUGUCGGAAAGGUGCCCCGGUUGUGGCCUCCUUUCCCCAUUUCUAUCUGGCGGAUUCCAAAUAUGUUGCAGCCAUUGAAGGAAUGACCCCUGAGAGAACUCACCACCAAACAUACCUCGACCUUAAUCCGACCACCGGCAUUAUUGUACGCGCAAACAAACGAGCACAGAUUAACAUCUUGCUGAAUAGAGUCCCAUACUUCCCCAAAACCAAAGUUCUGAACGAAACAAUCUUCCCCGUCAUGUUCCUGAAUGAGAGUGUGGUCAUAGAUGAAGCAUCUGCAGCGAGAGUGCACAAGCUGCUGAUGAUCUCCACGCUCGUGUCCAACUUCCCACUCAUUUUUGUAGCCAUGGGCGGCAUCAUGCUGCUCAUCUUGAUCGUCCUACUGAUGCGAGCCCGCAAGCAGAAGAGCCAAGCUAAACGCAUUGCAUUUUCCAAGCCUAUCUAUGCUGCGAGCGCUGAUGAAAACACGUCUUACUCCCCAGUGAGCGAAAAGGAAAAAGAAGAUCCUCAAAAUGGAACGUACAUCGGUUUGACGCCCAAGGUGGACGCAUAAGCCCAAGGCAGGAACGGACAGGAAAGACGGCUUCCUCACACACACAAAAUAACUUCAUCAGCAAUAUUUUUAAGACGAAGAAAACACAACUAGCAAAUUGGCUGUCGAUAUUGAUAUCACCAGUAAUGAAUUAUUACAAAAAAAAUGUGUUAAUGAGGCUGGUAACUAGAAAUAAAAAAGUACUAUACUACCAUUAUCGAUAAGAAAGCUUUUAGGGGUUCCAAACAAAAGUUUAGAGAUCAGUGACUGAAAGGAGAUUGAGCAUAUUAUAUAAUGGGCAAAAAACAUUCAAAGAAGUGGCCCUGGUUUUUGACUGUCAGGUGUUAGCCAAUAACAAGUAUGUUUUUUUGACUAUUCAGUAUUAAACAAAAUGUGACAGUGUUUCUGUUUGUAAACGCAAUUACUGUGUUGGAAAAGCUCUCACACAAUAUCCACUGUA